GCAAUAUUUCUCAUCAUCUCUUACCAAAAUCAAGUUCAUAACACAUAAAGAACAACUUUAAGCGCAAUAAUGAAAAUGGCUAAUUUACUUAUAGCUCUUGGUGUUUUGGCUAUGGCUUCCUCAUUUGCCAUUGCCUAUGAUCCUAGUCCUCUUCAAGACUUGUGUGUGGCGACGGAAGACUACAGCUCUGGCGUACUCGUAAAUGGAAAAUUUUGCAAGGAUCCAGAACACGUAACAGCCGACGACUUUUCCUUUUCUGGACUUAACAACGCUAGAGAAACCUCAAAACAACUUGGAAUCCGCACAAAUCUCUUAACAGUAGAAGAGAUUCCUGGCCUUAACACCAAUGGUCUCUCCAUUGUUCGUAUUGAUUAUUCACCUGGUGGUGUAAACCCACCUCACAACCAUCCUCGAGCAGCAGAGAUUAUCACUGUCUUAGAAGGAACCAUAUAUGCUGGUUUUAUCACUUCAAAUCCCGAUCACCGGCUUUUCGCCAAGAUUUUAAAGCCAGGAGAUACGGUAGAUGUUUUUGUUUUUCCAUUUGGAUUAAUUCAUUUCCAGUUUAAUAUUGGUAGAAGUCCUGCAGUUGCUAUAGCAGCAUUAAGUAGUCAAAAUCCAGGAGUGGUGACUUCAGCAAAUACUAUUUUUGGAGCUGUUCCUUCUCUUAAUCUUCAACUUUUGGCCAGAGCUUACCAUCUUGAUAAAAAUAUAGUGGCUAAUCUUACAAAACAAGAAUGGGUCAAUCCAUCUGACCUUAAUUCUUAUUCUAGCUAUUAUUGAUAUAUAUUUAGAGUGGUGACAGAGAUAAAAAUGAGGAUUGAUUUUACCAACUCUUUCUCUUUUGUAUUGCAAUAACAGAGAAAGAAUAUCUAUCUAUAUAUAUAUAUAUAUAUAAAUAAAAGCAAAGCAGUUUGCAUUAUAUGAAAGCCAA